GUCAUUGGCGUCAAAAAAGACCGGGACACUGUGGGAGACAAGAAUCGAGUUCAGUGGGGGCCGAGUUGCGGCUAUUCCGCCUCCAAGUUCUGUUUAUGCAAAAAUCUUGCCCUUAGCGAUCGUCGAUUUCUUAGAGUGGAUUCUGAUUCAAGGGUCACCCCUCAUAUUUUCUUCUCGCGAGUCAACUGGCAACUUCCCACUUCGUUCGCCCCCAAAUCCUUAGAUAUAGACUUGGAGUCUUAAUGUUGGAAAAUGUUGAAGAGUAAAAGGAGGAAUCAAAGGCAGAGGAAAAAGCGAAAGUUAAAGGAUGGACGGGGAAUUUCUAUUAUGGAUUGGGCUGGGCUCCCGCGUGAUAUUCUUGUCUCGAUCUUUGAGCAGUUAUCUCUUGCGGAUUGCGUAUCAGUCGAUAAUGUUUGUAAGCUGUGGAGCAAUAUCCUUGCUGAACUUCCAAAUUGGAAAAGGGGUGGAUUUCCAUGGCUUUUGAUGUCAGGUCAAAAAGAUAGAGAGAUGAGAACUUCUGCCAACAUUCUAGACAAUCGAAUUUGGGAAAUAGAGCUUCUUGAGGCAUAUGGAGCUUAUGUUUGGGGAUCGUUUCAGGACUGGCUAAUAAUGGUGAAGGAUCUUGGUUGUUAUUCUCUUGAAGUUAGUUUGUUGAACCCUUUCUCUAUAAGGAAGAUCAACCUGCCAAGGCUUUGGAACUUCUAUCACAAGAUGGUCCUUUCAGGGUCUCCCACUGAGGAAAACACAGUUUAUGCAGCCAUUCAUAGUCAGAAUUGUGAAAUUGCCUUUUGGGUUCAAGGGAUAGAAGCAUGGCACAAGUAUAAACUCGAAGGUACGCCUUUUGAAGAUGCUGUCUUCUGUAAUGGAAGUCUUUUUCUUCUCUGCAAUGACGGUAACAUAUUCCAAAUCGAAGCAACAAGUAUCAUCUCAAAUAUUAGAGAAGAUGAAUGUGUUACAUCUAUUUCUGAGAUCAAAGCACAGUUCCAUAAAGUUAGAGGCCUGGAAAUAAACAGUCAACAUGUGUUGAAGUAUCUCGUGGAGUCCUCAGGGGAUGUUUUGCUGGUCUGUAGGUACUUCAGUGAGAGACCAGACGCCGUACUUGAAACAAUCAAUUUUGAGAUAUAUUCACUUGAUCUUUCUCAGAUGUCGUGGGAAAAGGUUGAGUGUCUGGAUGAUCGGAUUCUGUUUUUAGGUAAAUGUUGUUCUAGAUCUCUUUCUUCAACUGAACUUGGGAUCGGCAUCAGUAACCGUAUCUAUUUCUCCAAUGAUGAUAUCGCUCCUUGGUGGAAUGAAUGGGAUUCGAAUCAUUUGAAAGGAUUGUCUUCUCUUUUUGGACUUGACAACUCCUCGAGAAAAGAUUGGGGAACCUUUCACAUCGACAGAGACAACAGUGGAAAAUUUUGUUUCCGUGGUAACCGUGACAAUUGGGCGCCCAUCUGGUUCACUGCACCUCUAUGGUGGUAUAGCAAGAACGUUGCUAGACAGUCAACUCGAUAUCGAUAAAAUUAUGAUGAAACUUAUCAUGAUUUUGGGUUUAAGUGCUUGAGAUGGUUGGUAAUGAAAGAAACUGAAGUUUUUGAUUAUGUCAUGCGAUAGAGAAUGUACAUGCCUUACAUGUAAAUUGUUCAAGCUUCAAGAGUAGCGUUUAGAACGAACUGCGUAGGAUUAGUACUUCUCUUUUGUAUAUGCUCUUAUUUUGUCAGUAUAUAUAUGGCAAUGCUCAGGAUGAUGUUUGCUUACUGAUGAAA